GGGGCUGAGAGAUAAUUUAUGAAAACGUACCAGCGUCGUAUAGCUUUGUCUAGCUGACAGCUAAUAGGACGGAGCAGCCGAACUUGAGGAGAAGCAUACCUAACCAAGGCUCAAAGAAACAAGGGACACUUCGAAUUGUAUAAAGAUCCAGACUAUUUAUUUGGUGACUUGUCAAGAUGCCUGUUAUUAGAACUCUCAGCAAGGUGGCUAAGCAAGCCCUCCUGAACCCAGGAUGUGGCUGUCAGCCAAUCACCGUGGCCGUACGGACCAUCAGCUUCUCACCCCGCCAGGUCACCUCAGACGCCAGUUUCCACUCCGUGUCCUUCUCCGAGACGGACCACCCCAAGGUGCUCAUCACAGGCGGCCUUGGACAGUUGGGGGUAGGGCUGGCUAAAAGGUUGAGGAAGCGGUUUGGAAACAACAAUGUAAUCCUGUCAGAUAUCAGGAAGCCUCCGAGCCACGUUUUCCACAGCGGCCCCUUCAUCUACUCUGACAUCCUGGACUAUAAGAACCUGCGUGAGAUUGUGGUGAAUAACCGCAUCACGUGGUUGGUCCAUUACAGCGCCCUGCUCAGCGCCGUGGGAGAGGCCAACGUAUCGCUGGCUCGCGACGUCAACAUCACUGGGCUCCACAACAUCCUGGACAUUGCAGCGGAGCACGGCCUGCGUCUGUUCGUCCCCAGCACCAUCGGAGCCUUCGGGCCCACCUCGCCCCGGAACCCGACCCCUGACCUCUGUGUCCAGAGACCCAGGACCAUCUAUGGAGUGUCCAAGGUCCACGCAGAGCUCAUGGGAGAGUACUACCACCACCGCUACGGCCUUGACUUCCGCUGUCUGCGCUACCCAGGAAUCAUCUCUGCUGACUCACAGCCUGGAGGAGGAACGACAGACUACGCGGUAGCCAUCUUUCACGAUGCCGUAAAGACGGGGAAGUUUGAGUGUAACCUGAAGCCAGACACGAGGCUCCCCAUGAUGUACAUCGACGACUGUCUCCGUGCCACCGUGGAGAUGAUGGAAGCGCCCACAGACACCCUGUCCAUGAGGACCUAUAACAUCAACGCCAUGAGCUUCACCCCUGAAGAGCUGGCUCAGGAGGUCCAGAAACAGCUGCCGGACCUAGAGGUCACCUACGACAUCGAUCAAGUCAGACAGGCCAUCGCUGACAGCUGGCCAAUGAAUUUUGAC